UAUCGACCGCUGCAAAGAGACUCACACACAAAGGGUAGAGAAGCUGCAUCUUUUAAUGUCUAGUUCUGCCAAAUUCGGAUUUCGACCCAGAGCAUUAGAUGUGACCAGAAGACUUCCUAUCCGGAUUCGAAAAUGUCGAAAAAGAAGCCCCAAGAUCAAAAGAACCGUGGCAACGGCUCCGACGGGUAUGGAGAAGGAAGAGGAGAUGGAAUCACAUUUGCAACAAGCUAUCCUCGCACAAAAAGCUACCUCAGCAGGAGAUUCAGUCAAAAAUCAUGUAAUCCCUACGCCCAAAGUAACAUCCCUCAGAGAUGAUGAAUACAACAGAAUAUACCCUCAAGAUAGGGGGUUUCCAAAAAACAAAAAAUUAAUCGUUUUUAAUGAUUAUGUCCCUUUCUUUCUUGCUCAAAGCAGUUACAAUGCCGAUUCUGAAGAUGAAGAAUGGCUCAAUUCUAGAAGGAAUAUUACUAUUGAUGAUUUUGAACAUAUCAUUGAAAAGUUGGAAAUAUCGUCUCAAAAUGAUAUUAUUAGGCCGAGGAAUGCCAGAGCUUUAUUAUCACGGUAUGAUUUUGGAUUAGUCGAUGAUGUAUAUGAUUACUGGUUACAAAAACGACAGAAAGCAGCAUCAUCCAAAAAACAUCCCUGUCCUCGUCUAUUAUCAAAAAUAUAUUCAGAAAUCAGCAACAGCAGUCGAAGAGACGAUAGCAAAUCUAUCACAAAUCCAUAUAUUGCCUUUCGUAGAAGGCUUGACAAAGUCCAAACACGCAAAAAACAGCGAACAGAAUUAUCAACUUAUGAAAAAUUGCUUCAAAUAAAUUUUGUAAUGAAACGUUCAAUUGUACUAACUGGGAUAAUGGCACAAAGAGAAAAAUUGAAAAAAGUUUUGUUUGAUUCUGAAUUUGAUUUGUUUAAAAUGAAAAUUUUGGAAUUACAAAGAGAAAAGGGAAGAGACGGGAAAGAAGAAAAUGAAGAAAAAUUGGAAAGAAUUCAAGAAAUACAUGAACAACAACAACCUUCAACUAGUGGAAUAAAUGAUUCAGAAUUUAUUUUAUUAAAACAACAACAACAAAGCUCAAGUAGAAGAAAUAGUUCAAAUUUAGAUUUUAUUAAGGAUGAUAAAACUAUACAAAGAAAUAUUGAGGUUAUUUUUUAUUUUAUUUUUGAAACACAACUUUUUUGGUGGGAGGAAUAA